UACUCAUUGACACUAACGUUGUUUUUUCUGCAUAUUAACAUCAACAUGACAAGGAGAGUCCAUAAAAUGUUGAAUGCUCGUGAAAACAGUUCUGUUUUACUGACGUAAUUGACAUGGAAGAAGAUAUAGAAGAUUAUCCUAACAUUGAAGUGGACCCACAAUAUGUCACUGUGACUAGCGUGGCGUCAUAUGUCAGCACAGAUUCCACAGAUGACCUUGACUGGUUACAAACCUCCAAACUUACAGGGGGGAUAAUCAAGUUCCUGUUUGAUGGAUCUACAGAGGAAAAGAGUCACACAAGUUACUAUGUUUGUGUGGGGGAGGAUGCUACUGUGGACAAUGUGGCUAAAUACAUCACCAAAGUGUGGAAAAAGAGGAGCCCAGACAUCAUACUCUCUGUUAUAUCCAGUCUCAGUCAUUUCAGGAAGUGGAAGAAUCAGCAGGAAGUGGAAGAUUUCCAGACGGGUUUGAUUCAGGCCAUGAACUCUACCAAUAUGUGGGUGUUGACAAAUGGUUUAGAUGGAGGAAUCGCUAAAAUAGUUGGGGAUGCCGUUCGUUUUGAGAGAGAGAGGCGAUCUAUUCUGAUGACACGAGCUCAGAACCCCUAUGUAAAGCUUCACAAGAAGGAGGACGUAGAGGAACUGCCUAAACUAACCGUGAUGGGAAUCGUUCCUAAACUACAGCUCAAGUGUGUGGCUGGGACUGAGGGAUUGCAUGAUUCCAUUAUUUCACUGAAAAAAACGGGGACUAAGGAAGCUAUGGAGUUGAAUGGAGAACACUCUCAUUUUAUCAUAAUGGACCAGAACACUGAUCUAAGGGAGCUGGAAGGCUUUAGACUCAGAAUCGAGGAGAGACUUCUGACCCCUAUAGGGAGGGGCAAGAGAUACAGAAAAGUCAAAAUGUUAGACCCCUCCCUUGAUGCAGAAAAUUUAAACAUGAUUACCUGCACCAGUACCCCCAUGGUGGGCCUCCUGAUACAGGGUGGACCAUUAGAUAUUGACCAUGUGGUGGACCUUCUCCGGAGAAAAGUUCCUGUUCUGGUUCUACAGGGAACAGGACUGGGAGCCGAUCUUAUAGCGUUUGUGUACUUUGAAAAAGUUCAUCACCAGGGUGAUGAGUACGAGUCUUUUGUGAAAACUGAGUUAAUUAAGAGAAUGAUGAACUGUUAUCCAAAGGAUUUUGUGGACAAUGAGCUGGCCCGGAAUCAAUGUAGAGACAAAAUACUGGAGUGUGUUAAUCUCGCCCACCAGGAGAAUGGGAGGUUCCUAACUAUUUUGGACAUAAAUGCGGAUCCCACUGGACUUAAGAAUUUGGACAAAUACAUCUUACUCACAUUGUUUGAAUCUCAAGGGUCCAAAACAGGAAGUCAAUUCCAGGAACAAUUCCAAUCUGACCUCAAGUUGACCUUACACUGGAAUAGACCUGAUCUCGCAGAGUCUCAGAUUUUUGAGAAGUAUGAUUGGACAACUGUUAAGAUAACACCCGAGCUGUUUGAUAAGGCUUUGCUGAAGAGAGGGAGAGAGAGGUUUGUGGAGAUUUUCCUGGAGCGAGGAGCAAUUGUCCUACAUGAGUAUGUCAACUAUAAAAAGCUUCUGGACUUGUUCAAUAAUCUGGACAUGCCUGAUUUUUUCUGUCAAGUCUGUCUAGAAGGAGUUCUGGCCAAAUCUCCAGGGCUGAGUUAUCCAGUGGACAAGGACUUUGUGAUAGGGAAGAAAUGUGACCUGAAUCAUCUGCUGUAUAAACUGACCAGUCUAGAAGCUCUUGUGUCCUCCUAUGAUCUCUCUAUGAACUCUACUGGACAGUUUGUGUGUGACAAACCUACUGCUGAAAGAAAGGCCUUGAAUGCCCUUAUCUACUGGUCAGUUCUGACCUUUAACCCCUCGCUGACCAGAGUUCUGUGGAAGCAGUCUGACCAGCCGAUGGUAAUGGCUCUUGUAAUCAGUAUGAUCUGGCACACACUAGCCACAAAAUGGUGCAGCAGAGAUUUGGACAUCAAACGACAACUCAAUGAUUCUGCUAUAGAGUUUGGAAAACAGGCUGUCAAAUUAUUGGACCUGAGCUACCAAGAUUCAUGCCUAACAGCCAUUGCUUCAUUAGAUGAGAAACUGCCAGAACUUAACAAUAAAACCACCAUCAAGCUAGCCCACAUUGCUCGGAAUAAAUUCUUCAUUGCUCACAAAAGUUGUCAAAAAUGGCUGCUUCAGCGUUGGCAUGGUAACCUGUUAAUCAGAGAAGUGGAUUAUGGGGUAUUCAGACUACCCAACUGGUUCAAGAUAUACAUGAGUGUCUUCUUCGUCUUCCCCAUGUUGUUUUGGAUUACGUAUGAGAUUAAGAAGGACCCAGAAGCUAAAACACCAGAAGAUGAAGAGGAAAUGGAAAUAGACCAAGUGGAUAGUGAAGACAUGAUUCCUAUGAAAAUCAAAUGGAAAAGGAGUACAAAGGGACAGAUGAAAUACCAAAUGAGGGAGAUGUUGAAUUAUGGUCGACAGAACCUUAAGGUGCCCCUUUAUCUCCAGUUCUAUUACCUGUGGAGUGCCCCAAUCACCAAGUUUUAUCUCAGUCAGUUGCUGUAUAUAAUGUACCUGGCCUUGUUCAGUUAUGCAGUCAUUAUACCAUCAUGUGGAGAUUUCUACAUUGACCUUGUUGUGUAUUUUUGGACGGCCAUGAUUUGGGUUGAAAUCAUCAGAAAAACUAUCAUUAAGAGAAAGGAAUACAAAGAGAUGAAGGUUUUCUGGACAGUGAUAGAGAUAUGCCUGAUUGGUUCCUUUCUGAUCGUGAUCGGAUUGGUCCGAAUCAUACCAAAGUUCAUCCCCUUCAUCAAGUACACCACGGCUAAAUUUGUCAUGAGUUUGGGCCUCCUGUACUUCUACUACAGGUUACUGAGUGUUUUCCUUCCCAUCAGCCCCGUGCUGGGACCCAUGAUGAUCAGCUUCAGAGCUAUGAUGAAGAAGGACUUUGUUACGUGGUUGAGGAUGUUCCUGGUGUUUAUGAUUGCGGGGGGUAUCACCAUUCAGGCCACGCUGUACCCUAACUUCCCGGCCUCAGAGGAGGGCAUUGUGGGUACCCUUAGCAGGGCCUUCUUUGCAAUGUUCCUCACUAAAAUUGAUGACCUUGACAGUAAUGAAAAGUGUGAGAAUUUUUAUGCCAACCAGACAAGAGAAGUUUGCUAUAAUGCUGCUGCUUCAUUUUGGAAAAGAAAUACAACUCAAGUGAGAUUUCAGCGGGAGUUUGCCGAGUGUCCGUACCGUAGCUUUGGUGGUUAUGCGAUAGUGAUUCAGUAUCUGGUCAUUACGAAACUCAUCCUUCUAACUCUCCUCUACGCUUUAUUCAGUGCCACCAAUGCCAAAAUAAAGCAAGAAUCGGAGGAAAUCUGGAAAUACCAGGUGUACAGCAUCAUUGUGGACUUUGAGACUCGUCUGAGAUUACCCGCUCCAUUUAAUUUCAUCAGCUACAUCAUCAUGAUGUUUGAGUUCAUCUGUCAGAAACUCAAACUGUGCCUAAAGAAAUGUUGUCAAUCUUCUUGCUGUAGGAAAAAGGAUCAAGUGGAUGGUGAGGGUGUGUCUGUUAUAAAGAUCAAGGGCACGACAGACUACAGCUACUGGAAGAUCUGUAUGAAGAAACUGAACGAGGAGCAGGAGAAAGGUGAAAGAGAAGCUGCACGACUUACAGAGCAGAGUCAAAGAAUAGAACAUCUGGUAACACAAUCCAAACUACAGAGGGAAUUUAAUGACAGAAUGACAGAGCAGAUGUCAAAUCUGGAGAGACAGCUGAUUGCCUGUAGCUUAGCUUUGGAGCAGAUUGCCCACAAAAUAGACACCAUUGAUCCCCAGGCCCGGCCAGAAUUAGAGACCGCCACCUCCCUUCACAUUGCUAGUCGUCAGUCUCCGUAUCCCUACACUAAGAUACAGAGGUUUCCUGUCUUUGACAAGUACGUCAACUGGGAGGAGCCUUAUCCUACCUAUGAUCCAGUCCUGUACACCAAACCUGUGGAUGAAUACAGAGAAUCUAUACAGAGUCUGGUGGAUCCAGAUUUUAUUGAGAUCAUACAGCGUAUGGAGAGCAGCAGUCAGAGUCAGGAUGAGAGAACCAGUUUAUUGUCGGUUACCGGGUACCAGAAACCCCUGUGGAAUCUGUCAGCUACAUUUGUCAUCAAUGAGAAAAGCAUAGAAAUCAAUAGAGUAUCUUGGAUCACCAGGGACGGUGUACCAAUUCGAUAUGAGCUCGACUCCUCCAACAUGCCUAUAAAUUCCAUGGGUCGUACUGGUAUGAGAGGAAGAGGGAAGUUGAGGAGAUGGGGGCCGAAUCAUUGUGUGAUGUUGGUCGUGUCCAGAUGGAAGAGAUUUCUGUCUACAGGUCAGAACCAGCAGAACUUCAUCACGGUGGAUGGCAAAAAAGUCCUAGAGGUCGUAGUAUUUCAAAAGAAGGAAUCAGGGGAGUUCACUCUGCCUAGUGGUAAGGAAUAUGGUGACAUGUCCCUCUACUCAGCUGUCUGUAGGAAGUUUCUGGAGAACAUUUUCCAGGAGUCUGAGACCAAGCUUGACCCUAACAUGACAGAACAACAAAUGAUUCAGUUCUUUGAGCAGUUUGUGGAGCCCCAUCCUGGCCCCUUCACAGGGUUUACUUCAGGACAAAUUUACAAGGGCUACAUGGAUGAUCCGUGUAACACUGACAAUGCCUGGAGAGAGGCGGAGGUCUGGAACAUACACUACCAUGUUCCAGAUAACCUUGACCUAAAGAUCAAGGACAAAGAGAAAAAAUGGAAAGAAGUGUCUUCUUAUCUUAGACUACCAGGAAACCAGAAUCUAAUCGUGCAAGAAGCAGCCCGUAACCAUGGUGCCUAUUAUUAAAACUGGUCGACAUACACCUACAUAUUUACCUGUCCAAUAAAAGCCUUAACCACCAAGUACAUGGUUGUAGAUUCCAAGUGCAAUGUUAAUAACAGA